GUUGGCGCGGCGCACAAGCGCGGUUGCCCACUGGACUUCGGCGGUGUGAAGUUUCACACCCGGAUGGAGGUUGUGCGAGGGCUCCCCAGCCGAGGAGGGCGACUCUGAGAUCAUGGCUCAUUUGGAUGAAGCGGCCCACCGGCUGUCCAAAAGUGGCACAACCCUCUAUGCGGUGCUGGAGCUUAAGAAGGGCGCCUCACCCGAAGACAUCAAAAAGACCUACAGGAACCUGGCCUUGAAGUAUCAUCCAGAUAAGAAUCCAGGGGAUGCUCAAGCAACAGAAAUAUUCAAAGAGAUCAACACAGCCCACUCCAUACUGAGUGACCCCAAGAAGCGGAAAAUCUACGACCGGCAUGGCUCGUUGGGAAUAUAUAUAUAUGAUCACUUUGGCGAAGAAGGCGUCACUUACUAUUUUACACUGAAUAGUUGUUGGUUCAAGACACUUGUCCUCCUGUGUGCUCUGCUCACCUGUUGCUGUUGCUGCUGCUGUUGCUGCUUUUGCUGUGGAACACUUAGGCCACCAUCUGAGGACGUUGCUAGAAGAUAUCAGCAGAAUGUCCAGAAUCAGCCUCCCAGGUCAGGAAACAAAAGAAAUUUUAGAAGAGAGGACGAUGAUAAUGAAUUUAAUGGCUAAAAGAUUAAGAGGAAUGAGGUGCUGACCCAGUGAGGGUGCCUUCUGCCACCCAAUCCACUGGACACACCGAAGAGAGGAGCAAGUAGCCCUGUCCUGACAUUGACCCUGAUUUGCCCCUCUUCUUAUAAGAAUCCAAACUUCGGAAGCAUUGAUGGCAUCUAUCCUAGUGACGAUGCCACCUCUGUCCUUGAUGGUAUCACUGACCCUGGCAAUACAGGGUCACCCAGCCACUCUUCUUUUUAGCUCCAGUCCCAAUUUUAAUCUGUUUAGAGAGCAGCCUUCCCGUCCCUACCCUUAUGAGGUCUCAGGCAGUGGUGACAGACUUUUCCCCAGCAUUCUUUUUCCUGUGCCUUCCUUGGGAUUUGAGCCAAUUUCAGCCGGUAGGGUCCCUUAGCUGCUUGCAAUAUCUCCACCAAGAUCCUGAUAAGUGAGCAGGGUGGAUCCUUUCCCAGAGCUACUAUAGCAGCUAACCUCCUUUGUUGCACCUCUGCACCAAGAACUCUAACCAUCAGCCUCAUUCCUAUGCCAGCACACCUUUCUGGGGCUGGUCUCACGUUCUUCUGGUGCCCAUGCACUUGUCGCUGUCAGCCUUAUUCCAUGCCACCAUGAAUCAACCCGGGCAAAGUAUGAAUGCAUUUGAGAUGUAGGGGUAGUUCUCCCACCUUUGGAUUCUCCCUGGACUACACCACAGCACAGCAUGCCUUAGCAUGGGUCCUAUGAGUUAGCUGAAGCUCACAUAUCAGUGCCUGCUUGCCUUCAUCCUUUUCACCAUGUCUUGUGCAAGCUGAUCCUCAUAUAUUUUGUUCUUAAAACAGGGGUGUGAAACAUGUGAUAGGGAGAAGAUUAUACUUUUCCAGACCCUUUUACCACUCAUGCCUCUUCACACUGCCUGUUUGGUAUAGUCUCCACACAAUUUAUUUUCCUGUCCACCCAAGGUCAAAGCUAGUAACUCCUCAAACCUCUCUCCUGACUGGGAGAAGGGGUAAAGAAUGUCAAUAAAUAAAAGAGCUUUUGUCCAAUCCCAGUGCAUCUGUUGGGCCUAAGAAAGACUAAUUGUGCCUGGGAUCGAGCAAAAGGCCCGGGGAGAAAAAGACAGAGGGCCAGUGCUCACAUCUGAGACCAGCCUGCCUUGGAGAGGAGGAGGCCAGGACAACUGUAGAGUUGGGGCAGAGACUUCCCGGAGCCUUGUGAUUAUGAUUUUGUCAGUGCUCUAAAAUUUCCCCAGAGACCAAUUCCCCUGGUACCCAAAAUAGGUUCCUGGCACUCAGGUCCCUUCUGCUCAGCUCAACUUCUCUCGAUUUCCUAACAAAUUUAAAGUCCUUGGAGUGGCUCCAGUGAUGUGUUCAUGGACCAAAUUCCCACACUUUUUCAGAGGCACGCUCAUGAGGUCGUUCCAGGCCCUGGUGCGACUGCCAGCUCUAGCCUCCUUAGCUUUUUUUUUUCCCUAGGGUGGUAUAAGAAGGUUCUGGGCAAGAACAACAAUGGACCAGAAGUGUUGGACCAGAGCCUUUCUCUCUAGUCGCCAAUGCCCCUGUUCUGAUUUAUAGGGAUCAGCAGAAGAAGGUAAAGGUCACUGGCUAUGCCUUGGAGGCAGAAACUUUCACUGACUGUAGGUCUGGUGAGAUCUUUCCUGCCAUCCUGAGUCACGUAUGGCUCCUCUCAUCCAGGCCAGUUUAGAUUGUG